AAAAUUGCGUCCUUAAAGCAGUCGCGCAAAAAGCUCACAUCAUUUUGUAUGUGUGGUCCAGCGCAUCGGCGCUUAUACUAUCACAUACGCGAAUAUCGCAUGGCUUCCUCGACCAGCGAGCAAGAAACAGAAGAUGAAAUCGAACAGAAAGUCGUGGCACCUUUGCCGAUAGAGCUGCCUGAUCAAAUUUACCAAAUAAAUGACAUUGAUAAAGAUUUGCCAACCUCGCUAGAGCAGCUAACAGUCAAGGAAGAAGAUGCUUGGUGGAAUCAAAUGCCUCUAACGAAUUUAGACUUAAGUUCUAAUGCCCUGACGCAUUUGUCGCCGAAAAUAGAAAAUCUCGAUACCUUAACCACAUUGACGCUUCACGACAACUUACUCACCAGUCUUCCCAGAGAAAUUUGUAGGUUGGAGAAGCUAGUACGUGUAAAUCUAAGUCGAAACAAGUUGAGGGAGUUGCCUGUUGAUUUUUAUUCGUUACCUGAGUUGCGUUACUUGAACAUAUCGUACAAUGAAUUUGAAGAACUACAUCCCAGUCUAAGUGAUUUGCACAUGUUGGAGUAUUUGGAUGCUUCACAUAAUUCACUUACGGCGCUGCCCAAUGGUAUUGGUUUUCUAGUGCGCGUAUCUGAGCUUUUACUCUCAUAUAACCACAUAAAAGAACUGCCUUCAGAUCUGGUCAAUAUGCGAUCGUUACAAAAAUUGGACCUGAAUCAUAAUGACUUGAUUUCUCUACCCGAGGAUAUGGGCAGUCUACGUAAAUUAUUGUGUUUAUACCUACAGCAUAAUGAUAUAACACAACUACCGAACUUUGAGGGCAGUCAGAAUCUGCAGGAGUUAUAUGCUGCCAAUAAUUUAAUUGCGAAACUACCAGAGAGUUUUUGCUCAAACUUGCCACAUUUGAAAAUUCUCGAUUUGCGCGACAACAAAAUUACGAAAAUCCCAGAGGAAAUUUCGCUUCUGAAAAAUCUUAUUCGGCUCGACUUUACCAACAAUUCCAUUAGCAAUCUGCCAUUGUCGUUGGCUUCAUUGGCGCAUUUGGUUAAUUUGCAAAUCGACGGCAAUCCGAUCAAGUCAAUCCGACGCGAUAUACUACAGUGCGGUACAACGCGUAUUCUGCGAACUUUGCGUGAACGUGCGCGCGCCGCUGCCGAGAAGCAACAACGCUUGCAUCAAGGCGACACAGCUUCCGUAUCAGCGACAUCCUCGGCAGCAUCAUUUAUAUCUACCAAUUCAGCUACAAUGGGUGCAGACGGUUUAAAUAGCCCGCGACGUCCGCCUGGCGGUUGUGAUGAAGAUACAAUAUUUCCUGAUAAAUAUAAGAUGAGAAACACACACACAUUGAAUGUGACAAUGCAGUACCUAACUACAGUGCCUGAUGAGGUGUUUCAAACGGCCGCAGAAGAGCACGUCAGCUGUGUAGAUCUCUCCAAAAAUCGUUUGGAAAAGUUACCUGACGCACUUCAACUCCUCAAGGGCAGUGCCAGCGAGUUGGUUUUCGCCAAUAAUCAAUUAACCAAAGUGCCAACAUUUUUGUCGCAAUUCACGCGGCUAACUCUGCUCAACUUAUCGUGUAAUCAACUCUCUGACCUUCCGAGCGAGCUGGGUGUGCUCAACACAUUGCGAGAAUUGAACAUUUGUAAUAAUCGCUUUGACCAUAUACCGAGCUGUCUCUAUCAAACACAAAAUCUUGAAAUUUUCUUAGCCAGCGACAAUCGUAUCAAGCAUAUCGACGCCACACCGGAGGGCUUGGGCGCUUUGAAGCGGCUCACCAUCUUAGAUUUACGUAACAACAACAUUGAACAAGUGCCACCCGUACUUGGUAAUCUCAAAAACAUUGUUACUCUGGAGCUGCUUGGUAAUCCAUUCCGUCAACCGCGUCAUCAAAUACUUGUCAAAGGCACGGAUGCUAUCAUGUCGUAUUUGCGUGAUCGUAUACCGGCUUAGCGCCGACGUACGGAAGUCUUUUUUCUUCAUUUUAGAGUAGAGCGUAGCUUGAAAAUCUUUAGUUACAAAAUGGAAAAUGUUAAUUUUGAUAGUCGCGAGAGAUUUGCUCGAUAUUGCUAAUUUUUUUAUGAAAUUAACUCAGCCGCUGUUGGCAUGCGUGAGCAUCGGCGUAGAUCACGUUUUCAAAAGCAGUUGGGCUGUUUUAUUUUGGGGAAUUUUAUUUGUGAGAACAGAAUAUGCAAUACUUUUACAGGAUACAUACAGACAUACUAUGUACUUGAUGAUGUACUCUUAAAAAAAAGAAAAUACAUUUUUUUCGCAAUGCAAAGGUUUCAUCUAUGCACCAAACAUUGUUUGUAUAGUGUGAUUUAUGCGCAAAAAAAUAUUGUUUAUUAAUUACUAAUUCAUUACACUAGUCAUCAUGUGCAAUAUGCGGAACGCGCCCGUGCACACAUAGCUGGAAACUUUGUUAGAAAAUAUAUUUUUUGUGCCGUAAAAAUUUAAUACAUAUACGAAAUUUGCACUCGCAUAAAACAUGGCUAGCACUUAAUGUGUAAAACAGAAAGUACCCUUUUAAUCUAAGUAUAGCUUUUAAAUGUUAAAAUAUAAACUCAAAACUGUAAUGCCAAACACUAAUAAAAACCAAAGCCUUCAUAUAAAGCUUCUAA